AUGGUCAACGUCAAGCAGAUAGCCAACUGGUUCGCGCCAAAGGCGGAAAAGGAAAAGGACGGUCGUGACAAGUGGCCAUCGCGGACGGCCUUUGUUCUCGCUGCCAUGGGAGGAGCCGUCGGACUGGGAAACCUACUGCGAUACCCAUCUGUGGUCUUUGCCAACAACGGCGUCCAGUGGUUCAUACCGUACCUCAUCGCGCUCUUCUUCCUCGGCAUACCGGUCCUGAUCCUCGAGAUAUCCAUCGGGCAGGCCUACCGCGGGGGCGUCAUCGUGGCCUUCAAUGGCAUCAACCGCUACACCAAGGGCGUGGGCCUCGCCGUCAUCAUGAACGGCUUCAUCGUCGCGACGUACUACGUGCCGAUCCUGAGCUGGGUGCUGCGGUACUUCCGGUCGUCCUUCACGAGCCCGCUUCCGUGGACGAGCCGAGGGCAGGAGUUUUACAUGCGUGAUGCCAUACGCAACGUGGACCCGAUCCCCGGAAACGUUAGCGACGGCGGCGGUGCCGUGACGGACUACACGCGGUACCCCGGUACGGGCCUCGUCGGCGAGACGGUCGGGUGGUGCGCCUUCAUGUGGUUCCUCGUCUGGCUCUGCAUGUUUAGGGGCGUGGGCCUGACGGGGCGCGUUGUCUACGUGACGAUGGGUUUGCCCAUCAUCAUGAUCUUGAUCCUACUCGGCCGGGGCGUCUCGCUGCCGAAUGCCAUCGACGGGAUCCGAAUGUACUUUGCCGAGUGGCACGGGGAGAAGCUCGCUAGCGGCACCAUCUGGCAAGCGGCCUGCGGGCAGAUAUUCUUUUCCAUCGGCGUCGGGUUCGGCUACUUCACCUCGUACGCAUCAUACAACACGCGCUUCGCCAACGCCGUUCAGGACGCCUUUAUCAUCGCGAUUAGCAACUCUUUAUACGAAGUCCUGGCGGGGUUCGCGGUCUUUGGGAUCAUCGGGUUCCUGGGCCUAAGACCGGAAGACGGCACCGAGCUGGGUACUUUCACCGUCGGCUUCUUGACCUACCCACUCGCCAUUUCUGAAAUGCCGGGCGCCAACGUCUGGGCCGUCUUCUUCUUCUUUACCGUCGCGAUCCUCGGCCUGAGCUCCGCGUUUGCGCUCAUCGAGUCGCUCGUCACCAUGAUAUGCGACUCGGACUUUGGACGGCGAGUGUCGCGCACAAUCAUCGCGACGGGCGUCGUCGCCGUGGCGUUCCUCCUGUCGCUCAUGUACUGCACCGAGUUUGGCUUUUACCUGCUCGACGCCAUGGACACGUGGAUCAACAACCUCUCCCUCAUCUUCGUGGUGUGGUUCGAGGGCAUCGUCACUAUGACGCUCUAUCGCUGUCGCGACGUGUACGGGCAGGUCGGCGUUGUUGCCUUUGCUGUGCAUUCCUCGGCGUAUGUUCUUUCCAUGGUGCUGGGCGUCGCCGUCGGACAGGCAGUUGGGCCCGAGGCCGGCGCGGGCGUCGGGUUCGGCUUGUUUGUCGUGGGCAGCGUCGUGGCUGUACUUCUUGCUCGCACGCCUGAUUCCCUGCCUCCGAGGUUCUGGAGCCGACACGCCUGGCUGAGUAAAUUCUGGUGGCUCUCGUUCUACUCGGCAAACCAGCUGCGCCGCGACCUCAACUCCAUCGUAGCUGAGGGCAACAACUGGAGCAUACCGUUCAUCUGGGGCCCAAUCGUUCGCUACGUCUCGUGCCCCAUUCUCGCCAUCGUCGUCUCCUUUGCGUACCCGUCUUUCUACACCAAGCGGAUGGACCCGCUCCAUAUCUUUGGCUUCACCGUGGCGCACGCGGUCAUGCUCACCAUUGCGUUUGGCUUCUGUCUGCCUCGCGCGCUCGACGUCUUUGUCCCGGUGGACAAGCGGCACGAUGGCAGCGCGACGUACGCGCCUCAGGUGACGAUUCUCGGUGCCAGCUGCGGGGAUGUGGCGGUAGAGAAUGGAAGUGCUGGACAGCAGCAGCUGGAGCCUUGUGAGAGCGAGCGAAAGGAAUAA